GCGCUUUGUGUUUCUACCCGGGUUUUCCUGAAGCCACACUCCGCUCUCUGGAUGGGAAAAAUCUGAGGAUCAAUCACAACAGCGGUGUUUACAUUAAAGAAAGUGGACGUCCUUCUUCUCUGGAACUAGGCCGACAGUCGCUCACCAACCACCAUGGAGGUGGAGGAGACUAUACAUGCCAAAUUUCUCAGUCAAAUUGAGUCACUCAUGGCGAAAACCACCUCAGAGAUUGUGAAGGUGUUUGUUGAAGUGCUUAUGGAAACCAGGGUAGAGAUCACCCGCAGCUGGAGAGAAAUCGAUGAGCUAAAACAGAAACUGGAAGAGAGUGAGGAGCGGAGAGCAGAGGUUGUUUUGAGAAGUGAAGUAGCCCUCAACUUCAAAAGAGAAAUGGAAGAAGUGCUGGUGUCACAAGAUGUUGUGCAGACCCCUAAGGAUACCACAGUUGAGCACACUGGUAGUAAUGUGGAGGACCAUGAAUCAGCAACUUUACAGGCAUCAUAUGGUGCACCUGACAUUGACCAAUCUGUAAAUAGUCCAAACCAAACCCAAGAGGCCCAAGAGGCCAAAAUGUCACAGACCUUACAAAGACCUAAAGCAGCAUGUCAGUCUGAAUCGUUUGGAGUUAGAGAGCACCAACAAUCCUUGACAGAGAGUGAUGUCUCAAAGUCUCCUCUCCAAGCUGUUUCGUUGUUCAGUCCCCCACGACCAUCCUGUAGCUCCUCUACUCUAGCUUCUGACUCUCUCAAAACAGAGGCUCUGGCUUUCACAUCUGACUGUCUUGCUGCUGAAGAAAUCCAGGAUGAGAAGCCAGCUGUAGAUGAAAAGGGCAUCCCUGGUUUUCACCAUGUAGAAAGACUGGCUGACUACUUGGUGGAACUGCGAAAUCUUACUACUGUGGUACUGACCAACCUGCAAGUCAGCACAAUCAUUGACCUGUGGCUGAAUCUGGACAGUUGGGAUAAGCAGCAGGUUGGUUUUGUUGCUCUGCACCAGGAGAGGUUGACCACUGGCCAUUUUCAGUCACCAGGAAAAGAAGACAAUCUCUUACAGGGCAUGGUGAAUACAGCAAGGUGUACUCUAGAAGCAAGUUCCUCAACACGUCCUGACUGCUGCCGCUUGAUAGAAGCCAUCUUCAUCAGGCUGUGCAGUAUCCAUGGUUGUCCUUCAAAAAAAGAUGAAGGAAUACUGAAACGCUGGACAUUGAUUAUGCAGGACUAUAGAAAGAUUAGAGAGCUUCUGCUUGGGAAUGGUGCAGUAAUGCAGGCUACAUCACUGCAGCUAGUGGAGGUAAAACAGAAUGCCUUGAUCCAAUGGCAUAAUCAUCGCAUCAAAGACCAGGGUUUGACAGAAUUACUCAAGGAGGAUCUUUCUCCAUCGCUACAAGAAGCUGAGAAGCCACGUAUACAGGCCAGAACUCUUCCAAUAGAUCCCACUCAACAUCAGAAUCAUAAAUCUGACUUUAAUGUUCACAUCAGAAAUGAGUGUUUUUCAGAACUGCUCAAGAAGGAUCCCUCUUCAUCACUACAACAAGCUGAGAAAAUUUUGCAAGCCAGAACUCAUCCAACAGAACUCAAUCAACACCAGCUACCUGCUUUUAAACACAGGCCUCUAGAAAGUACAGCAGGACAGCCUAUUUUGAAGAGAAGAGCUGUAUGUGAACCACCAACAAUCAGACCAAAGCUUCCUACACAAAGGGAGCUAUUUGGGCCAGAUCCAAAAGCUGCACAGUACUUGCAGAUGGUACCACAAAUUUCAGUCAGGGCGGCACCGGUACUGCAGGCAGUGCACAUGCUCCAACCACUGCCUGCUUUUGUCUGUGGCCCAACUCAGAACGGUGUACCACAAUGUGCCACCCAGGAGUCUCCUUCCCAACCUCGUCAGAAACGUGCCUACAACAGGGUAGUGCAAGGAAACACGUGUAAAAAAUGUGGCCAGUUUCGCUCAGCAGUCACUGGUCAUAGCCAAUACAAAGGAAUUAUUUACUGUCCUAAGACUGAAACAAUGGACAAAAAGCAAUGGUUGGAUUACAUGAGAAGAAAAUGGAAAUAGUGUUAUGUCGGAGUCAAUAGUACAUAGGAAGGUUUUAGUGCUAUUUCUGCUUACCCAUAUGUCAUUAUUUUGUAUUAGUGACAAUAAAUCCUUUGAAAUGAA